UCUAGGUAGGAGAUGAGAGGCAUAGUCGACUUCAUGCGCAUUUCAGACAGAAACCUCACUUAGGCUAUUUCCUUGGAACAGCAUCUGCUUUUUAACCGUUAUACCCACACCUGCAGCUUGAAGCCUGCAUAUCCUACUGGUUCGGUUUGGUGUUGAUGUUGCUGUAGCCUAUUCUGUGUUGGUUGGAUAGCCUAUAUUUCUUCUCUGUAGCCUUCCAACAUUUAACUGUGGCCGAUGUUUCAAUUGUCUUGCUGCUGCAAUUUGCAAAUAAUGUAGGCUAAGCCAUGCUCUGAUGGGAAGGAUUGAUUGGGACAUGGCGCAGAGGUGGCGCGUCUGUGCGCGGCAGAUCAGGCAUCCUGGCCGGAGGAGUAGCCCAUCACUCAAGCAUCCAGACGCUGAGCGGAGGACGGAGAGCUGAGGAUCUCACAGAGAAGCUGGGAACAUCCUGCGAAACGGGAAUAAAAUACACCGAUUAGGUUAUGUCAGGAAAGUUGGAUCGAUUUCCUGUCAAAUUAAAAUGACUGCUUAAUUGUCCUCUCACGGUGCAGUUACGUUUUUUUUCCAUAGCUUUUGGUUUCGCUGCUAUUAAACGCUGGGGCUACUUUGUUUUCUGCUGCUCCCUCCCUCUCUCUCUGAGAAGUGCUGUGUGCACAGUCGUUACCUCAUCCCCCCAACCCAGCCCGUUACUGUCAAACCUGCAUUUAACCGCGAGCGCACCCGUUUAACGCCAGGAACAGGGGCUUCAUGUUGACGGCGCACUGCAGGGAUUCGCCUGCACAGCGAGCCUCUUCGACGGCCACGGAGCCUCAGCGAAGAUGACAAAAGAAUGUCAUGUUGUGGUGAGAUGACGGGGAGCAUGGCACCAGGGCCGCUGCUGGUGUGGUUGCUCAGCGUCGGCUGCGCUGUAGGCUGUGCGGCGGGCUGCAGUGGACAGGGGGAGGUACACAAUGAGAGGAGAGGGGUGAUCUUCAGCCCGUCCUGGCCACUGCGCUACCCCGCCGGACUCAACUGCAGCUGGGACAUCCAGGCUGAGAGAGGAGAGGUCAUCACCAUCAGUUUCCGUAACUUUGACCUGGAGGAGUCUCCAGGCUGUGUGGGGGACUGGCUGCAGCUGGGUCCGGUGUGGCAGGGGAGUACCGUGUCUUUGACCCCUGCUGCUGCCCCAUUCAUCUCCUCGGGACGCGUCGCGCUGCUCUUCUUUACCUGCGCCAACUCCUCAGGACAGGCACAGGGCUUCCGCCUCUCCUACAUACGAGGGCGUUUGGGUCAGAGCAUCUGCCAGUAUGGGCGAGUUCCCAGCGGUAGCGGAAGUGUGUCCCCGCGCUCGUGGCUGCAGCUUGGUCAGGGCGAGUCGCGGAGACCAAACGGACGGCGCCCAAUGCGCAGCCCGCCCACCGAUGCGACCUUUGACCUCUGCCCCCGCGGGUCGCUGGCGUGCCGUCUGGGUCCGACCACGCGCUGCCUGCCCCCCGAGCGGCGCUGCGACGGCACCAGCGACUGCCCCGACGGCACGGACGAGCUGGCCUGCGCCCCUGACCCCGCCUCUGACCCCGCCACCUGCGUCCAGCACCUGCGCAGCUUCUACGGCGCCUUCGCCUCGCCUGACUUCCUGCGUCCACCACCGGCGUCCGGCGUGUGGUCGGAGCGGCGGUGCAGCUGGCAGCUGGACACAGCGGACCCUCGGCCGCUGCUGCUGCGUCUGGAGCUGCGCCUGGCGCCGGGCGACGCGCUGCGGGUGUUCGACGGGCUGACCCCGCGUCCAGAGCGCCUCCUGCAAGAGCUGUCGCACCACUACAAUGCCCGCGCACCGCAGCUGGAGUCCAGCAGGGGGCAGAUGACCCUCCUGUACCGCGCCGCAUUCGGCAGCAGGGGACGCGGCUUCAGCGCCUCAUACCGCGCCAAGGGCUACUGUUUCCCGGGUGACACGCCAUGUGGCGGUGACCAAGGCUGCUUCUCCGGGCACCAGCGCUGUGAUGGCUACUGGCACUGCCCCUCCGGCCGUGACGAGGAGGGCUGCCCAGGGUGCUCGGCGGGCGCUUACCCGUGCGAGGGCGGCGGCGCGGGGGGGUCCUGCUACGCGGCCGAGGAGCGUUGCGACAGCCAAAAGCAGUGUCCAGGUGGCGGGGACGAGAAGAACUGCGCCUCCUGCCAGCCGGGCAGCUUCCGCUGCGCCAGCAAGCGCUGCGUGUCCGAGCAGUGGGCGGCGACGACGGGGCAGGACGACUGCAGCGACGGCAGCGACGAGCGAGAGUGCCUGACCAGCGUCCCGCGCAAGGUCAUCACCGCCGCCAUCAUCGGCAGCCUCGUCUGCAGCCUGCUGUUGGUCAUCGCACUGGGCUGCGCUUUCAAACUGUACACGCUGAGGAACAGGGAGUACAGGGCUUUCGAGACACAGAUGACUCGCAUGGAGGCGGAGUUUGUCCAGAGGGAGGCUCCGCCCUCUUAUGGGCAGCUGAUCGCCCAAGGCCUCAUUCCACCUGUGGACGAUUUCCCUGUCUACAACCCCAACCAGGUGUCCAUGCUCCAGAAUCAUUUUUACGGCUCCCUCACCCGAGGUCACAUCCCACUGCUGACCCCCCCCUCGGGAAUAGCCCCCCUGGCGCCCCCCGCCGGCGACACACACCCCCACACACACACGGACACCACCCCCUCGCCCUGCUCGGCCGCAGCCCUGGGGCUCGCAGCGCUCUGCCACGCUCCCCCCCACACACACGCACACACACAUUCACACACACACUGCUUACCUGACUCACCGGAGUCGCCCGAGUCUCCCGGCUCACCCCUGUCACCUGUCUCAGCUAUUUCACCUGAUUCCCGUGACUCCCCAGAUUCACCUGACACACCUGACUCUCCCAUCACCCCUGAGUCCGCUGGCUCUGCAGUCUCGCCGGUGUCCCCCUUGUCCUCCUCCUCGGACUCCUCCAGCUCAGACGCCCAGGCGGGGCAGGACGGCGGCCCAGCUAGAGGCUCUUCUCCUGGGCAGGCUGCAGAGGACGAGGCCCCCGAGCUCCAGAGCCCCAGGAUCGGUCCGCUCAUCUACCGCCACCGUCCAGCCAGAAGACGGGCCCUGGCACUCGCUGCACACUCACACUCACACACACACACACACAGGGAUACAGACACAGACACAUGCACACACACACACACACUCACAGCCAGGAGGAGGGCCCUGGCGUUAGCCGCCCACCUGCGGGGUGUGGCUCUGAUCAACUACCCGUCUAGAGGCCACUCCCCCCUCAGCUCCCCAGACACACCCCUUCCCCUGCCGGCCAAUCAGAGCCAGAGACAGCAGGUGGUGGGUGGGCCGAAAAGCCCUGCGGUGACCACGCCAACGGAGGACAAACAAAGAGAAGCGUCAGGGGUGAGGAGGGACUCUAAUGACCUGUCAAUCACAAGCAGCUCAGGGGACGAGCAGGAAGGCACGCUGCUCAUCACUUGACACACACACACACAUACACACACUAUCCUUUUCUCUCGAAUGUUGACAUGACAGAUCCCCACCCAUCCCUCUCUCUCCUGUCAUUCUUCCACUCGUUCUUCCUCUAAUCACACUCCCCUCUCUUUUUUCUUUCUCCCUCUUUCUCUCUUUUCUCUAACUCUGUCUCUUUCUCUCCUCCUCUCCCAGCCAGUGGUUGGAUGGGACUGAUAGCUCCCAGAGUCUCGGUGGCCUUGGGGGAGAGCUAGAGCCGUGCUGUUUCUAGGCUACCACGCUGGAACACUCAGCGUUAGAACAAUGCCUUUAGAAUGUCACCAAGGUUCCAUCAUUGAAACACUGCCGUUGCUAAGUGACGCCUCCGUGCUGUCGGUGCUUCUAAAGAGACUUCUAACCCAUUGGGACUGACUGUCAUGUGACCAUAUCAUGUGGCUGUCACAAAUUAUGUACUUACCACAGGAGUUCCACACACACACACAUCCAUGUCAAGUUUACAUCCAUCCAUCGUCCAGAAGCAGCUUGUCUUUAAAAGUGACCUCUUCAUAUCCACCCACACCAUCACACAGCAUCAAUAAAAGUCAGGAAAAAACCCUCA